UCCACUGACUGGUACCCGAAGGUAGCCAUAGAGGGACUAAGUUUAUCCAUUAACUCCAUGGUUAUCCUGGAGAUCCCUUGAUAUCAAAGCUUCUUUCCUCACACGCUUCUCUGGUCCUGUGGAGAUGAAAAUUGACAUCCAUAGUCAUAUUCUACCAAAAGAAUGGCCAGAUCUAAAAAAGAAAUUUGGCUAUGGAGGCUGGGUGCAGCUCCAACACCAUAGCAAGGGAGAAGCAAAGAUGGUGAAAGAUGGGCAGGUCUUCAGAGUGGUCCAAGAGAACUGCUGGGAUCCAGAAGUCCGUAUUAGAGAAAUGGACAAAACAGGAGUGACCGCACAAGCCCUUUCCACAGUUCCUGUCAUGUUUAGCUACUGGGCCAAACCUCAGGACACUUUAGACCUGUGCCAGCUUCUAAACAACGACCUAGCUGCCACCGUUGCGAGCCACCCCAGGAGGUUUGUGGGCCUGGGGACGUUGCCCAUGCAGGCCCCGGAGCUGGCCAUCAAGGAGAUGGAGCGCUGUGUGAAUGAGCUGGGCUUUCCGGGGGUCCAGAUCGGCUCCCACGUCAACGAGUGGGACUUGAAUGCGCAAGAACUCUUCCCUGUCUACGCAGCGGCUGAAAAGCUGAACUGUUCCCUAUUCGUGCACCCCUGGGACAUGCAGAUGGAUGGACGGAUGGCCAAAUACUGGUUCCCUUGGCUCGUAGGAAUGCCAGCAGAGACCACUACAGCCAUUUGCUCCAUGAUCAUGGGUGGAGUAUUUGAAAAGUUUCCUAAACUGAAAGUAUGUUAUGCACAUGGAGGUGGUUCCUUCCCCUUCACUGUGGGAAGAAUUUCCCAUGGAUUCAGCAUGCGCCCAGAUCUGUGUGCCCAGGACAACCCAACCAACCCAAAGAAAUACCUUGGAUCCUUUUAUACAGACUCCUUGGUUCAUGAUCCUCUGGCCCUCAAGCUGUUAACAGAUGUCAUAGGAAAGGAUAAAGUCAUUUUGGGAACCGAUUACCCCUUUCCACUAGGUGAGCUGGAACCUGGGAAACUGAUAGAGUCCAUAGAAGAAUUUGAUGCUGAAACAAAGGACAAACUCAAGGCUGGCAACGCCCUAGCAUUUUUGGGUCUUGAGAGAAAACUAUUUGAAUGACCGAAUUUACUCCAAAAGCAACCUUUCCAGAAGCUAUUUUGUUUUUGUUUUUAAAUACAUAUCACACAUGCUUUAGUAAAAUGCUAUUUUGAACUAUUUUAUCCAGAAAUAGAAUAUCCCCAAAUAUUCUAAAUUAUUCAUAAGAAAAAUGACUCAUGUGUUUUCAUUCUGAAAAACAGUAUAUUAAUUCAUGUGUAAAUAAAAAAUGAUUUUCUCAGGGCUUUUUAAAUUAAUGGCAGAAAUAAAAAGCAAAAUGUCAUUAAUGAUUUAUAUGGAGAAAUCAAAACCAGAUUCAUCCUAGAGGGCUCAGGUAGGUUUCCACUUUGAGCAAGUGCAUAUGAACAGGGCCCAAUAACCUAUUUCUAGUCACUUUUAACACCUUCCAUCAGCCCAGAACUGAGCUGGGAAUGCUUUAGAUUCCACAAAAUAAAUGAUGUACAUAUUCCAUAACCCCCAGGAGCUUAUAGUCCAAUUAAGGAAGCAAGACACAUGUUCGUGGAAUAAUUAGUAAGCAAUUCCACAUGAGUGUCACAGAAGUUUCAACAAGAAAAAUUCCCUUGGACUCAAACUGUUAAGCAGAUCUUCACAGAAGUUGGAACUUGGGCUGAGUCUAGAAGUCCAUCCAUAACUGUUUAGAAUUGGAGGAUGGGAAACAGAUAGAAAGGCAAAACUAUGGGAACACAGGUUUCAGACUGAAUGAGAACUUAGCCAUUCUGGAGAAAACUUGCAUUCUGUAAUUUAUUUUUACCAGAAGCUCUUUUAAUUUAAAAUACUGAGUAGAGUGUGUAAAGCUGGCUGUGGAGGUUGAACAGGGCAACACCAGGGUAGCCUUGUUUUACUUACUUCUUUUAUGGUCAUCCCACUUGAGCUGCUGAAAAUGAACGUGGUCCUGGGAGGGGUGAUGAACAUCUGUGGUUCAUGUACUUCUGGCAUGUAUGCUAAAAUCAAAUAUAAUUUUUCAAAAUUA